UUUCAAACAAAUAAAUGUUGACCUCAAGAACCAAACUCAAAAAUCGAGCAGUGUUCUGUAAAUCACACAGUAAAUCUAUAAAUCUUGACUUGAAGAAAGAAUCAUCAUUUAUAAGAAGACGGCACUUGAAAACAACAAUUAGACAGUUUGACCCCAAAGGAAGUCUGUCUCUAAAAAAACUUAAAUAAGGUAGAUGAAGAGCCUGAGUCAGUUCCUGGGAUCAUUGAUAAACUUUCCGGCACUCCUCUAAAAGAGCAGAGGGGUAUUCCUCUGACUAAAUCAAAAUCUCGCAUAGAGAAGGAGGUUAAAAUUUAUAAAAUGGCAAAGAGAUUACCUAAUUUUAUCUCUAGCUCAGAUGAAGAAUCACCUGAAGAGGAUGAACAAGAUAAGACAUUUAAAUCACUCCAGAGAAUGUUCCAGGAGAAAGCCCAAACUAACUGGAAAUAAGAUCUCAGACUUCAUUCUCUUACAGAGUAAAUAAAGAUUUAAGAAGCAAACUCAAGAUUAUUAAUCAGAGGCUUUACACAGAUCAAAAGCAACUUAGCAAAUUGGCAAUGAGGAAUAAAGGCAAAAAUCUCAACCCUGGCUUUGAAAAAUCCAACUUAUUAGUAUCAAAUUUGCAAAAUUCUCAAGAGUUUGAAGAGUCGGAUCCAGAAAGUGAUUUUUCUGUCUUUCCUCAGGCGAGGCAUCAAUCACUGAUCUUUAAGAGAAAUCCUAAGGAAUCAAAACAUAGGAAAAGAUGAACAUUUAGGAAUCUUCAUCCAGUGCUACCUCUUCAUCGUCGGCAUCAGUUCGUUGGCAAAGAAUCUCCCAGAAAAGUAAAGACUCGGCGAUUUAAAUAGGAGAUCGACUAAAAUAGAGAUAAAAAACUCCUCAUUGCAUACUUCAGAAAGGAAUGGGAGAGAAGAAACAUAUGAAUUGAUAAGAACUUUUAAUAUCGAAAGAAUAGUACCUUAGAUUCGACCAAAGUUGGAUGAGAAAUUUGGAUAGCUGAGGGACCAAGUGAUGCUUUGUCGAUAUUAUGAGGAAUUUGAUACUUGGAAUUAUGGCACAUCCCAGUCUGGUAGUUUAACUUUGCACAGUGUGUUAUAAUAUAUUUGUGCAUCAUAAGCAACCUUAAUUUUUUAAGCAGGUCUAUUGUUAAUCUAUAAUUUCUAUAUAAACAAUCUUUGGUUUUCCUUCAGGUUCUAAAAACUCAUAGAACACGUUGCAUCAGCCACAUAUCCAGAUCAGAAACAAUCUGUUGAUCUCAAACUUCUCCAAAAGGAACUUCUCAAUGGACCAAGCUUCGAAUUCUCAAGAAGCUAAAAUAUUCUCAGGUACUGAGGAAAUUGCAGAAGAAGGCAAAGUUUGAACAAAAUUCGAUGCAAAAAACUCACAUGACCAAGAGUGUCAAUAGUUCUUUCAGAAAAGAUUUACAAAGUACUCAUACAUCAAUAUUCAGUUCAAAUUAUUCAAUAAUGAGUCAUUCAAAAUUCCACAGAAAAAGCAAGGCUUCAAAUAACUCUAAGCAACCAAAGAAAAAUGUUCAGAACUACUUUAGACGUUCCUUGAUCUCAUUCAGCUGCCAUAAUAAACAGAAACAGAAGAUCUCCCAGGUCAAGAAGAUACUCCAGAUUAAAUAAGAUGAAUAAGCCUAUAUAUUGGUGAUUCAAUUCUG